AAUAUUGGAGUCGGAGAUGGCAGAAAUCUGGAGCUCUCUUUCAAGCAACCUUGCUGAUGAAGAUUGGAUAAUAACAAUAAAAGAGGAGCAAGAAGCCGCUCGUACAGUCAAGCCCUGGAUACCACUUGUUCCUGAAAACAUGAGAAAGGAACCAGUAGUAGCUGACAACAAAACCAGUGCUUAUGAUCCCGAGGUGGUUACCAUCGGUCCUUAUCACCAUGGGAAGAAGGAAGCCUAUAAUCCAAUGCAGGAACACAAGAAAAAGAUAGUUCCCAUGUUUGUUUCUGAAGGUGGUAAAAAUGUAAAGAUAGAAGACUUGCUCAGUAAGGUUGGAGAGAUAUCACCUAACGCAAGGAACUACUACAAUAUGGAUUCAAUAAACAACAUUGACGACCAAGUCUUCAGACGAAUGAUGUUCCUGGAUGGUUGCUUUGUUGCAUAUUUCAUUUACUGCAUGACCAAAGGAAAAUCCAAGAAUUUGAACAUGGAAAAUAAGACUAUAAUUUCUGUGGCAAGAGAUUUGUUCUUGUUGGAGAACCAACUCCCAUAUCCAGUCCUCAAGGUGUUGAUGGAAUCCGUUUUCCCACCACCAGAGAAGAAAUGGAGGGAAAUGAUUGACAAGUUUGUUGUCAUGCAAGUCAUUGGCGUAAACUUUUUAGAUACACCUCAGGGAAAAGGUGCAGCUUAUCUUAAUCGAUUUUUUGGAAAGUCUGGAUACUUUGAACCACAUACUUCUCACAAUGAAAGCGACGAACCUCAUCACCUCCUCGACCUCCUUCGAACCAAACUCGUCGUCGAAAGAGAAAAUCAAAUCAUACGCGGACCUCAAUCAAUAGAAGCUAACCGUCAGCCGCAGGAAAUCGAUCAUCCGAUGACGGAGAGCUCUCAACAAAGAAGCGAUGAACCAGACGUGUCUCAAGUGGGAAGUGAGGAAAACAAUAGUUAUGAUGAUGGAAAGGGCUUUAGAUUCGAGGACUGUAUAUGUUGUUGCAUUUUGUUGAUAUGCAUUGUCCCACUCUUAAUAUAUUAUUUCUACGAUAUGAGGGAAAAAAGGCUGUUCUUGUCUCACUCACACCAGUUUCGUACUGCCAGGGAGCUUAAAGCAGUGGGAAUUUCAUUCAAGAUUAGUAAUUCAUUAAGCUUCAGGAGCGUUAAAUUCAAACCUGGCAUCAUCUUCGGAGUUCUUAAACUUCCUCGAAUACUCAUUGAUCACACAGCUGAGGUCAGGUUUCUGAACUUGAUAGCCUAUGAAAGAAGCUGUUUUGAUCUUGAUGAUUUCAUGAUAGCAUCCUACAUCUGUUUCUUGGAUUGGUUGAUUGAUCAUGCCAACGACGUUAAAGAACUGAGGUCAGAUCACGUACUCAUCAACAAUCUUGGUAGCGACGAAGAAGCGGCCCAUCUCAUCAAUCGACUGGGAAGGGAUUUGAUGGAUCCCGACGUAUAUGAUGAGGACAAGGAAAACAUUCAGAAGUUCUGCAGAAAAAAGCGGAGGACAUGGUUUGCUGAAAUGCAGUUCAAACAUUGCAGUAGCCCUUGGACCAUUAUUGCUCUCAUUGCUGCAUCUAUGGCACUCUUCUUCUCUGCCGUUCAGGCAUACUUCACCGUUUAUCCUCGCAGUUAACACUUAAGAUGGACCCACUAUGGAGAUUAAGAAUGACAAUUGAAGGUUGCAGGUCUUUGAUUUGAUCGAGAGGAUUGAUGGCGAGGCUGUUGGUAAUCAUGCAUGUAUCUUUUUGCUCAUUCCAACGCUGUAUCUUUUUCCUCUCCUCCCAGUUGUUUAAAAGAGUUAUUUGUUGUUCUAAUAAUUCGGGAUGUUCU